AUGUUGCUGCCAUUUCACCACAUAACCCAUCUCCAAGCAUCUCUAGCAGGAGUCAUUUGCCUUUUAUGUCCUCACCUUUAAAAGCUACAGCACUUCCAACUGGUUAAUAAUAAAAAAAACAUGUGGCAUUUCGUAGCGACGAAGCAACAACGGUGUUUGGAUUCAUCUUUUUCCAGAUUUGUAUAGUCUUUUUAAGCUACUAUUAGGCUGAUUUUUUGCGGGGUAAAUAGUAAAUACCCUCUGCUGGAGACUGAGAAAUCGGUUAAACGGGCCAGGUUCGAUUUGCACUGACCCGAGGAAGUGCAUACCAUGUAUAAGUGAAUAAUUUUAAUCAGGUCCUUCACCAAUCUAAUGUGUCAGGCUCCCAGGUCGCACUAAGACAACGGAAAGUGAAAGGAUUACAUUUGGUGUGAUGUACUCGCCUAGUUUAUUGUACUGCCUGAACCGACCGCAUCCUGAGUUAGACAUUUUUCACAACUAACUCUAGACUCUUAGUGAUAAUUAGUCAUUGCCCUAUUUCACCGGUUAGAAGCGCGAUCGCAUGCUAUAGAACUGAGAAUCGAGGGCCAGGAGUGCACAAUCCUGCGUUAUCCUGUUACCACAAACUGCGGUGCUCGAGACAUCAGGUUUCUGUUUGGCAAAAUGGAGGCCGUCUGACAAGCUAAUUUACUGAAGCAUCCUAAAAGGAACUGGGUAGCAGACCGAUUAGGUUUUGUGCCAGUUAAAGGUGCCUCAGUUUUAACUACGAUCACCGCUAUAAAAGGACUAAGUCAAAGCUAUAAAUCAGACCGCCAACCUUGUUAGGAUACCAGACAGCCCUUAAAAGUUGGGGUAUCCUUACUGCCAGGUUUUAUCUUGGCGUUGACCACGGACACCUGCCUGCACCCGAUCCCAAAUAAACACUGAUAAGAAGCUUGAAGUACAGCUUUACCACAAUUUAGUGACCGAUAGGGACGGAUUGCCCACGGGGUACAGUUUAUUUAUUCUAUCUUUCGCUAAAAAAAGGUGCAAUCGGAACUGAUAGGAGCAGAUAACUGAAACAGCUUAUUGUCGUGCAGACUUUAAGAGCACCUGUCUUCGCCAUUUGCAAAGCAUCUGGACCGCAGUACAUCUCUUUGCAUCAUGGAAGCCAUCUGGCUUUACCAGUUCCGGCUAAUCGUUAUUGGUGAUUCCACGGUGGGCAAAUCCUGCCUCAUCAGACGCUUCACGGAGGACCGCUUUGCCCAGGUCUCAGACCCUACCGUUGGUGUCGACUUUUUCUCCAGGCUAGUGGAGAUCGAGCCCGGCAAGAGAAUCAAACUGCAGAUCUGGGACACAGCAGGACAGGAGAGAUUCAGGUCUAUAACCCGUGCUUACUACAGAAACUCAGUGGGUGGUCUCCUUCUUUUCGACAUUACUAAUCGCAGAUCCUUUCAGAAUGUCCAUGAGUGGCUGGAAGAGGCAAAGGUUCACGUACAACCAUAUCAAAUUGUGUUCGUCUUGGUGGGCCACAAGUGUGAUCUUGACACACAGCGGCAGGUAACAAGACAUGAGGCUGAGAAACUGGCUACUGCAUAUGGGAUGAAAUAUAUUGAGACAUCUGCAAGAGAUGCCAUUAAUGUGGAGAAGGCCUUCACUGACCUGACCCGAGAUAUAUAUGAGCUUGUGAAGAAAGGGGAGAUUACUAUCCAUGAGGGCUGGGAAGGAGUGAAGAGUGGAUUCGUCCCCAAUGUGGUGCAUUCUUCAGAGGAAGUUAUAAAAUCGGACAGAAGAUGUCUAUGUUAAUUUUUACAGUCCUGAAGAUAGGUGUUAAUAACAUUAAUGACACGGACAUCUUGUUUAUUGAAUUUUAUGUGAUGGUAAAAUAGCAUAAGAAUAUUAGUGUCUUUCACUGAUUCAUAAUUUGAUAAGUACAGCAAGAAAUUAAAUCAGUUUCAUGGCAGUACCACAAAAACUGAAGGACGCAAGACAAAAGAUAACUGAAGGUAGUACAGUAGUGCCAGAGAGGCAGCAACUGAAAAGGAGCACAUGCAGUUCUGUACAGCUGUAUGUAACCAUCAUUUGCAGUAUAACAGUUUUCAUUUUCAUUGACAAGAAUUGCUUUUUAACAAUAAAUGAAUGGCAUUAUGCAGUGCUGAAAAAAAUGCAACAUCUAGCACAAAGUGGUACUUUAUGUAGAGUUAAUUACUUUCUAUCCAUUUUAAUACUUUAUUAGACAUAUAGCUGAAAUUCUGAAUUAUAAAACCUUAAAGAAACAUGUGAUAUUUGUAUCAGGCUUUAGUAAUUUAAUAUUCUGCAGAAGUUUAAUUGAUACCAAGCACAAGGUACACUUUUCUGCUUUUCUUCCAGUUCUUUUUCCAUUAUGUAUUGCACAAAAAACACAUAUCCUGAUACCAGUUAGGUUUAGCGUAAUGGAAUGCAGCCAACCUUACUUAAAAAAGGAAGUAUGAGUAAUGCUUUCUUAACGUGCUCAUGCUUCACAUUAUUUUCUGGUUAACAGGCAUAUCAGAGAAGGAGUUCUUCAGAGUGCAAGACCUUUAAGGAGCAGUUUGUAGUGUAAUUAAUAUGUCAUAAGCUUCGUGCAUGGCUUUUAUUUUCAGUAUGUACCUUGUCAUUAUAGCAUGCAUUUUAUAUUUUCUUAAUUUGCUUGUGGCUUGAAUUAGUAGCACUGUGCAAUCAAGGAUUCAAGGGCAUUUGCCUGCCUGACAAGUCAUUGAAAGACAGGUCAGAUAACUCAGGUUACUGAAGGUCUCAACUGGAGAACUGUAAUCUGAAGGCUAGUGCCUCACCCACCUUGCUAAAUAAAUUUAAAUAAAUUUAUUUAUUUAUGUAAUAUUUUUUUGGUCUGGAAAGUCCAACUAGGACAGAGCCUGUUUUCAGCAGAGGACAAGGGAGAAAUGCUCCAAAUAAGCAAAUUACUCAAGCCAGUGCUGGUGUCUCAGCAUUGUUGCUGAGCAUAAAAGCUUCUAGUAUAUGUAGCGUAUUGAUCAGGGUCUGAAAUUAAGGAAAAAAAACAACCUUAUUAUACAACUCUUUGAUGUCAAAAAGGUGCAUAACAAGUGGUGAAGCACACUGAUUGUACUUCAGAAUGAGGUGAAAUAUAGUCAUGUUAUGCAGUUCUCUGAUUACAAAAAGAUGCAUAACAUGUUCUUGCUGCUACAGACAAAAAAGGCAGACUGUAGUAUUUAACAGCUUUUAAGCUGUUAGUCCAGCAGAGAGGCACUUACUUUCUGGUCACUUUCUGUAUGGCGGUCCACAGAGUUUUCUGGGUCUCAAGGCUGUAAAGUAUUACCCUCUCCUGCACAAUUUUUUUUUUCUGUAACAGAUAGUACAGUGAAACAGGUGAAUGUACUGCAAAGAAUUAUUAUUUGUUCUGUUGACCAUGGAUAAGUAAUUAUGUGUUCUUGAUUUACCACUUGAGUGUCACUCUCGAGAUGAAUUUCUGGACAUUCAUAAAUUGAAUGCAGAGCAGCAUGGUUAUGAUUGAAAACCAAUCACCUGUUGUAUGCCUUUCAGAGGUGGUGUAUUCUAGUCUCCUGCUACAGCAUAUAAAAUAUCCAUCAUGAAACAGCACCAGGAAAUGGAAACAGCUUUAAAAAACAUAAAAUGCUUUUUGCUUUUACAAAAAUUAAAUCAAUAAAAAACAAAGACUGGAGGGCUUUACAGCUUUUAAAGCUGUUAGCCCAUCAGAUGUACAUUUACAUUCUGGUCACCGUCUGUGUGACAGCACUACAUUUGUAAGGGCUUUUGAAGUUGAAACACAUUUUAUAUUCCUAUGUUUUUUUACUAUUUAACUUAUGCAUGUUGGAGCAGUUGAAGCUGCAUGUACAGCAAAACCUUAUGAUUAGGUUUCUCCAAUCACAACUGCUUGUUACAUGUUCUCACCUCUUGAGCUUUGCUUCAACUCCACUUUCAGUAUGAUUUUUUGGCAUCUGUGUCUCAAACACAUAGAAAGUCGUUAUGACUGUAAACUUGAUUAUAAUUCUCUGCAUGUAAUAUGAGCACACCAAGCUGACGACACCAGGUAGGCUUCCAACACACACAAGGGGGGGGGGGGAGUGCAACAUGUCACCAAAGUGGAAGGCAGGGCAUUGUCAAUGAAUCUGUAAGAUGGUUAAUGCAAUGGAAGCCCUACCGUGUAUAGCACCUUUCCUGCAAUUUAUACUUACAUUGACACAAACUCUUCCUUGGUGACACACCACUCCACAAUAUCGCUUGUGUGUAUGAGAGGGUUGUGUGGCUUCCUUGAGUUGGCAUGGGUAUAAAAAAUAUGUUUUUAUGUUUGCUAACACUUAAGGACACCUGUGACAGUUUGAGUAUGAUUCAUCUACCAUGUUUAUAGUGACGUUGCUUCACCUUCUGUCUUUCACUGACUUUAUCAGGUGGCCAGAUAUCAAGAAUCCUUUCCAAGUGUGGUCAUUGUCUCUGCUGAGCUCAUGAUAACCCAGAAUUUCAGUUUGUUAUUUUUCAUAAUUAUUGUCUUACUGUAUUCAGUGAAAUAAUCAUAGGAAUGUUGCAAAUGCAUAUCUUCAGUUUCAGGUAAAAAAAGACAGUAAACUGUGUGGGUGGAGGCCUAUGAUAUGCUGGUGGGAUUAUAUCUCUAGGCUUACCAGGGGAUCCUGGAAAACAAGCUGGAGUCAUUAUGGAUGCAGAAUACUUGUCUACUCUGCCAAGUCUGCUACUACCACAUCCUUCACCAAGACAAGUGAUUU